UUUCCCCCACCCAGCCCCAGCACUGGCUUGGCGAACGCCCUCCCAUCUUCCUCCGGCCUGACUUCCGGUUUGCUUGCGCGGCCCAGGCUCCGAGCCGUGGAUUACUGGAGGCCCUGUUUCCGGUCGUGAGUAGGGCGCCCUCCUGGCCAGCGCCGGCGCUGCGCUCCCGCUGUGCGGCGCGGGGCUAGGGCGGGCGCUGACGGGGCCGGGUAACCGGCCUUCUCCGGCGGUGGCUCGGCCUUCGGCCUUGGCUCGGCCCUCCUUCCAGAGCCUCCCGGGCUGUAGCCGACUGGCCGGCGGCGCCGGCCCUGGCGCCACCGAGGCGGGAGAAAUGGGAGUCCCUCCGCGGCGUUCCCGGAGCGGCUGCCUUUGCCGGGGAAGCGGCGCUGUCUUUGAGGAAACAGGAAGCCCGCGGUGACCCCUAGCGACCCGGUUUGUUUUUGGUCCGUUUCCAAACGCUGGGGAAUCGAAACUCGGCGGCCCUGGGGGCGGCCCCACGGAGCCUGUGUUCGGGCUGUCAUGGAUGCACUGGUAGAAGAUGAUAUCUGCAUUCUGAAUCAUGAAAAAGCCCAUAGGAGAGAUACAGUGACUCCAGUCUCAAUAUAUUCAGGAGAUGAAUCUGUUGCUUCACAUUUUGCCCUUGUCACUGCAUAUGAAGACAUCAAAAAACGACUUAAGGAUUCAGAGAAAGAGAACUCUUUCUUAAAAAAAAGAAUAAGAGUUUUGGAAGAAAAGCUUAUAGGAGCUCGAAAGGAUGAAGAAACAAGUUCUGUGGGACGAGAACAAGUAAAUAAGGCCUACCAUGCAUAUCGAGAGGUUUGCAUUGACAGAGAUAAUUUGAAGAGCAAAUUGGAUAAAAUGAAUAAAGACAACUCUGAAUCUUUGAAAGUAUUGAAUGAACAGCUACAAUCUAAAGAAGUAGAACUCCUCCAGCUGAGGACAGAGGUGGAAACUCAGCAGGUGAUAAGAAAUUUAAAUCCACCUUCAUCCAACUGGGAGGUGGAAAAGUUGAGCUGUGACCUGAAGAUCCAUGGUUUGGAACAAGAACUGGAACUGAUGAGGAAGGAAUGUAGAGAUCUCAAAAUAGAGCUACAAAAAGCCAAACAAACGUAUCCAUCUCAGGAAGACAAUCUGAAGAGCAGAGAUCUCCAAAGACUAAGCAUUUCAAGUGAUAAUAUGCAAAGUGCAUACUGGGAACUGAAGAGAGAAAUGUCUAAUUUACAUCUGGUGACUCAAGUACAAGCUGAACUGCUAAGAAAGCUGAAAACCCCAACUGCAAUCAAGAAAGCUUGUGCCCCAGCAGGAUGCAUGGAAGACCUUGGGAAAGACAGCACAAAGCUGCACUUGAUGAAUUUUACUGCAACAUACAAAAGACAGGCCCCUCUCUCACCAAACAGCAAAACUCUUUGUCAUGCCACGUCUUCCCCUUUACCAGGAGAUGCAAAGGUUUUAUCAGAGAAAGCAGCUCUCCAGUCAUGGACAGAUCAUGAGCGAUCCAUUCCUCACGAUGGCACAAACUUUCAGGAACACAAUUCUUAUGGCAGAAAUUCUCUGGAAGAUAAUUCUUGGGUAUUCCCAAGCCCUCCUAAAUCAAGUGAGACAACAUUUGGGGAAACUAAAAAUAAACCUUUGCCUUUACCCAACCUGCCACCACUGCAUUACUUGGAUCAACAUAAUCAAAACUGCCAUUAUAAAAAUUAAUUAUGAAGAGAUUUAUGACGUUCUCACGAGGUUGCUGUAUCUCCCUCAGUGGUUUUCUUGGGAAAUCAUUAACAAACUGAAAGCAGAUUUUGAUUAAACUUUUGCAGAGUUCUUCAGUAUUUACAUUUGCACAUAAUGUACCCUAUUAUGUAGUUGAUUUUUCAGUGUGAAAGAACACCCUCCGGCUAAGAAUCAGAUAUGUGUUACUAAUUAAUAAACCUAAGGUGUUUCACAAUGACAACUCUACCUUUGAUGAUAAUUGUACAUUUCUGCCCAUCACAUGAAGAAUGGAACUGAAAGUUUUCAGACACGGUUUUACAAAGCAUGUGAAAUGCCUAACUCAUAAAAAUAAAGGAGACCAUUGUAUCAGAGAAAAAGCAUGUUAAGUUGCUUUAAGUUGCAUAAAGGAGUGAAAUGGCAAUGUGACUUAGGUUAUAUUUCUGCUGACCUUAUAAUGCGUAAGGAUAAGGAAAUUACAGUGGAACAAUAUUAUCUGGGUUAUUGCAUCUAUAUGUGGUAUUGUGUCUCAAAGUAUAAGAUUUAAAGUCAUUUUAUGAUCACGAUGUUGAUAAAAUUUAAAGUACAAUUUGGAUUUUAAGACUUGAAAUCUGCUCGUUGAAGCCAACUCUGUCCUGUCCAACUCUGUCCCUCAAGUCUUAAUUGAAAAAAAGUGAUGAAACAGUUGAAAAACUAUGUGGUGUGUGAAUAAACUAUUACAGUCAUAUACAUUAUCCAGUUAGAAGUAGGAAUAGUAUCACAAAGGCUUCAGUCUAAUCUGUCCUUCAGUGCUAUAGUGAAAAUCCCAAUGGGUGUGUAACUGUAUAAAGCCGUUUUCUUCAAAGGGUCUACACCUGCUUGUUACGUAGAGCAGCUUAUUAACUGGUUAAACUUUGUUUUGAAAUGUAAUGAUUUUACUUACUGAGAAAGUGGUUUUUAAUUAAUUAGAAUCCUAGAAACCAAAUUCUGUGCUGUAUUGAUAUAUGAUAAUAGUAUAAUCAUGAAAUGUCCCCCAACGCUUUGAUUCUAAGAGCCUAUCAUUUAUAACAAGUAACAAGGAUAGCUUCAUAUGGAAAUUUCUCUGUAUUCUUUCAGGGUGGUGGUAUUAAGAAUAUUAGUAAUAUAUGUCUCCGUUCCUACAUCUUCUGCCUGAGAUAAAGCGUUUCAUGUAGAAGGCCUUUAUCCUUUUUGAUAGACAGUUGCAAACACCUUGGACUCAAAAGAAUAUUUCAGAUCUCUUCUACAUUAACUGAAUAGCAUACAUAUAUAAACAGUGUUCACCAUUCACCAGAUACUUGUCUUUCUAUUAUCUUACUCACUUAUUCAGGCUUGUCUGUGAUUAAUGGAGUUGGUGUCAGAUGCUGGAAUUUAUUCUGACCAAUGAACACAGCUGACUCGAGGGAGUACAAUCUCCUGCCAAGUAAUAGAACAAAACCCAGUAUGCAUAAAACAAAUACAAGACCCCAGGCUUUAGCUGAAGGAAGCAACUACCUGUGUAAUAACAAAGCAGCAGAAACUAUUUGUCAUGUGGCUGCAUAGGCUGUACAUUAUAUCUAAUCUCUAAUGUAACUUACUGGUUUGCCUUUUUUAAAACCAAGAUGGAGCAUUUUCCUUUGUAAAGAAAAUAAGUCAUAUGACAUAAUGGCUUGAUUAAUGUUUUGAACAAUGCCAAGACAUUACUUAAAAUAAAUUAUUUUUGUUUGAAAUUGAA